AUGGAGGAGGCCGGCAAGCUUGGCACAGCCCUAGUGCAGCAGCGCAAGCAACUCGAGGAGCGGCUCCAAGAUCUGGACAGCAUUCCCGCCGAAGAGGACAUCACCCCGGACCUACGCGAGAAGCUCACAGAGAUCGAGAAGGAGUACAACGAGGUCGCUCGCGAGAGUGCCCGGGCGUUUCUUCCCAAACAGCGCGUCCCUUCAAAUGAGGCCGCAGCCGCCGGUGGCUCGCCUUUUGUGCCUGAAGUGAGGAGUGGCCGACGCUCUGUCAGCCCUUCCAAAUUUGAGGCGCAAGCAACCGGCUCUCCAACAAAGUUGAGCGUGCCCAACAGAAAAAUCCGCAACCAACCAGCGAAUCGGAUCCACGAUAUCGAAUUCGCGACCGAAAUCAGCACAUCUCUGAUUGCACAAGUCCGCAACCUGCAAGCCCUUCUUGCUGAGAAGGAGGAAGAGCUCCGAGAGGUCAAGGUCGAGAAGUCCAAACUCGAGUACGAGGCCGAGGGUUUCCAGCAACGUGUCAAGUCGCUCGAUGAGAGCGAGCAUCGCUACAAGGAUGAAAACUGGAAUCUCGAGACGCAAAUUCAACAGCUCACAGCUGCGCAGAGAGAGGCUGCCGACAAGGAGAAAAAGCUGCUGCAGAAUCUCAACUUACUGCAGGCAGAGAAGAAUGCGGCGCAGCGCGAACUUGACGAGACGAAAUUGAACCAUGCCAAGCUCGUCGAAGAGCAUGCAGCCGCCGUGAAGCAGCAUGACAUCGAGCUGGGCACUGCCAAACGUACCCUGGUCAUGGCAGACUCUGACAAGGCCACGCUCCGCAAAAAGAUCGAUGAUCUCACGGGCCAGAACACCGAGCUGGCCAAGGCCUUUUCAUCCCAAAGAGGACGUGGAAUCGAACGUGAGCCGUUGCCUGGCAUGAGCGACGAAGACUUUGAGACCGCCAACGACAACAUCACUCCCGAGCAUUCCCCGCCUGCUUCGCCAGUCAAGGGCACGACCCCGCGACACUCGAUGCUCGAGACGGAAACCCUCAAGACGUCCUUGGGCCACGCGCAGCGCACCAUCCAAAGUCUGCGUACCAACUAUCAUCGCGAGAAGACGGAGAAAAUGGAGCUGAGGCGAAUGCUUCAGGACGCCCGCGACGAACUCGAGAAGUCACGCCAGGAACCUCUGGGCCUGGCAAAGCGUGCUCGCAAGACCGAAUCUAGAGAGUUUAAGAAGCCACCACGGCUGCUGGGAGGUGUACGUAGCGUGCGCAGCGAGAUCUUUGCGGGAGAGGACCCCAACUGGGAGGACCAGAUCGGAGAGCCCCACAGCCCUUCGCUGUCCAUGUCCUCGGUCCGCACUCCAAGACUCCCGCCGCCCAUGGAGCACGACAGUGACCAGUUCGAGACUGCAAACGACGCCAGUGAUGCUGCGUUCGAGACUGCCAAUGAGAGAGGCACCGAUACAGACUUCCAUACUGGUGCCGAAGAGUUUACUAGCGACGAUGCACAGACCGAAACGGAGAGUCCGUCGAAGAGGGCCACUAAGGCAAAGACGCGGCCGGUCUCUGGAUUGACGCGUAGUGACUCCCUUCUCAGCUCGGCUUCGACUGAAGAUGAUGAGUACCCGUUCGAAAGCGACACGCGAAGUCUGAACGCUUUCCCGCCCUUGCAAGCUCGCUUUCCUCUGCGAGUAAGUCGCGGCGCCAACAGACGCUCCCGUUACCCCAGCGAAGAGCCCAACCUGCAAAGCAGCCCCGCCAGUCUCGUCGCCAGUAGCACUGCAGGGACGCCUCAUCAGACCCCGAUCCAAAGUUUGGCUGCUGAGCUGGGCGAUUUUGAUGGCAGCGACAAUGAGUCCACCCUCUCUGCAACCCCUAGCAGGAGAUCCCUCCGUGCAAGGACUGCUUCUCCCCCGCCUGCAUUGCCCCCUCUGCCGAGGCUUCCUAUGGUAGAUAGCGGCACCAUGACCGACUCACUCGUGAGCAGCUCCUGGGACGAAAGACCCAUUUCCAUGGCUACUGUUGCGAGCGGCCUGUCCACAGCAUCAUAUAGUGACGCUGGCACCCAGGACCUCCAUGACAAUCUGGACAAGUUCCCGACGCCUCCAACUUCUGCCCCUUCUGCUGGCCUGGGCAUCUCCAAUGUGCAUUCCGUCUCCGUGGAAUCGCUACCUGAGCCAGAUACUCAUGCUGUGGAACUGGCUGCUCUCAAGAACGAACAUGCUGACCGAGAGUUGAGCUCCACCAAGGCAGAGGGCGAGGCAACUCUUGCCAAGGAGGUGGCACUACUCAAGGAGACCCACGCCCGGGAAGUGGAGUCCCUCAAGGCACAGCACGCUGCUGCGCAAACCCAAGAGCUGGAGAACUUCAAGUCUGCUUUGGCCAAGCAAGUCGAAUCUUCAAAAGCAGAGGGCAAUGCUGCUCACUCUGAGCAGCUUGAGGCACUCAACGCAGCCAACACGCAGAUUAUCGAGGCGCAUAAACGCGAAAGCGAGCAAGCUCAGGCGCAAGCCUUGGAUCAACUAAGGACGACUCACGAGCGCCUGGUUGAAGAGCUGAAACAGACACACGCCUCCCAACUGACACAGGAAACGGAGAAGCUGGCAGCUGCACAUGCCCAGGAACUCCAGGCAGCGAGUCGUGAGAGUACGCAAGCCAAAGCUGCUGUGGCCGAUGACCUGAAACGCGAGCACAGCGCCAACCUCGCGCAAGAGGUUGAACGUCUCACAUCCGAGCAUGCCCAGGCACUUGCUGGGCAGCAGGCUGCUGCUGAGCAGUUGCGCAGCAAGGCUAUGGAGGAUCUUGCAGCUUCUCACAAGCAGGCCCUUGAGGAUCUUCGCAACACUUCCGACCAAUCAAAGACCAAGGAGAUUGAAGAGCUCAAGGCAUCCCACGCGCUUCUAUUGGAGCAGCUCAAGGCUGAGCACGAAGGCUCGAGGACGAAGCUGAGUGAGGAGCUCAAGACUGCUCACGAGCAGGCCCUUGGCCAAAGCCGAAGAGAAGCGGAAGAGUCGAAGACCGCAGAGCUCUCUGCGUUGGCUUUGGCACAUGCGAAAGCACUUGAGGACCUAAGGAAUGAAAAUGGAAGCUCACACGCCGAGCAGCUUGACGCUGGCUCAACGGGAACCGUGCGUAUAAGAAGGUCUCAGGACAGUCUCGCGAGCUCUUCUCAAUGGCAGAGAAUCGUCGAUCCAAGCACCACACAACCGCAAGAAGCUACCGUCGCUCGGCGCCCAGGUAGCGCGGCGAGUGCGCGAGCGUCUAUCCAAGACCUUCCCCCCUUGCCAGCCAACCACCGUGAGGUUAUUGAGGCUGCUCGGACUCAGUCUUCUAGUGGAGGAAAGGGCACCAUGGGCCCGCCACUCAUGCCGGCGUCAGCCUAUCGCUCUACCUCGUCGUCCCGACCUCGUACCCCUGGUAACCAGCGACCAAUGUCUUCUCAGUCCACCAGCAGCACAAUGCUACGUGCAGGACGAGCCUCGGCUGACGUGCAGUCGCCUCAACGCUUGCCCCCGCGUAGCCGCCAGUCUUCAGUGUCAUCCUUCGCAUCGGAAAUUGACACGAGAUUCAAUAUCCGUGGAGACAUGGGCAUGCACGCCGCCGGCUUCGGACCGAACACCGAUCCCCGCAUGAUUCAAGCAAUCACGCAGACCAUGAUCGGCGAGUAUCUCUGGAAGUACACGAGGAAGGCUGGUCGUGGGGAAAUGUCGGGGAAUCGGCACAGAAGGUACUUCUGGGUCCACCCCUACACAAGGACUCUGUACUGGGGCGACCGAGACCCGUCUACUGCGGGCCGUUCCGAACUGAAGGCCAAGAGCGUGUCGAUUGAGGCAGUAAGAGUCGUCACCGACGACAACCCAAUGCCACCGGGACUACACCGCAAGAGCUUGAUUGUCAUCUCUCCUGGGCGCACUGUGAAGUUCACAUGCACUACAGGGCAGCGACACGAGACCUGGUUCAAUGCCUUGUCGUACCUUCUCCUGCGCACAGGAAACGAGAAUCAGGCAGAUGUUGAAGAUAUCGCUGGUCAGAUAACUCAGGAAGACAUUGACGAAUUCAACCCAUCCGCCAACAAACGCCCCGCCAACGGAACCCGACCCCGUCCUCCGGCCUCCCUAUCGUCCUAUAAUUCCCGCACUACGCGUGGCACGGAUUCCCCUCAGAUGGAGAUGAGCAUGGCCAUUCCGACGCUGACACCGACACACGAACGCGGACCUGCGCGACCCGGCACACUGAGCCGUCUUAGUGGUUACUGGAAGUCGAGCACCGGUUCGAUUGGCACCUUUAGCAGCCGGCGGGGUCGUGGCCAUGUCAUUCCUGAUAAUGCCAUUUACGAAGCCAGCGAAGUCCAUGACAGCGCCGAGGAUCUUCGACAAAUCAUUGAACAGCAAGAUCGAGAGUCUGAUAAGCUCGAGAACGUCAGAGCCUGCUGUGACGGCAAACACGACGUGGGCAGCUUGUCACAUACACCAGCAAGACGUGGGCGUCUGUCUAGCCUCCAUGCCCACCCUAGCACGUAUGGCACAGCCUCUGGAGCUGCGUCAAACUCAGCAACGCCCGUCGGAACCGUGCGUUCGUGA